UCGCGGUAUUUGUGUGUUUUAAUCAGUGGACUGACGUGUAUUGAUCAAAAAAAAAGUUUCACUUGCAUCGUAGUUUCUUUAAACCAAGUAGUUUUUUAUUAUUUUUGUCAUGUGUUUAGUAAAGAUAAGUGAUAACCUCUUAACAUUUACUCGUCAAUAGAAAAUUUUUAUAUUUUGAUUAUAGUUGCUCAAGAUGAAAUUCUUAGUAUUCGUCUUUCUUUUAAUAAAGUGUGGCCAAUCAAGUGGCAUUGGUGAAUGGCAAUUUUUUUCAGAAGUUUACAACGCUUCGUUUAUAGAAGGACAACCUUUAAAACUUAAUGGAUCUUCUACGAAAGUCGAACUAAUGGGCGUUUGGGGUAACCUCUAUUCCGAUUCAUUGUCAAAACUGGAUCAAGUAACCCAUCUUAAAAUUUUCGCAAAAAUUCAUCCAGGAGCAAUUUGUUCAAACCCAAAUUUACGAAAGUUUGAACUCGUUUUAAGUCGAGAAACAAACUUGUUAAAACUGAGAAAAAGUCACUUCCACAAUUGCCAAAAUUUGGAAGAAUUUUCAAUCGUUGGUAACUACAAAAAUUCAUCGACUUUUAUCGAAAAAGCAGCUCUGGAAGACUUGAGCAACUUGAAAUAUCUCGACCUUGAGAAUUUAAAGCUUCCACAUUUCACACACGACCAUUUGAAAAAUCUCAACUCUUUGAUUCACUUAACAGUGAACAAAUGUGGUAUUGAAGAAAUCGAAUCUGGUGUUUUUGAUGAUUUGAAGAAUAUUGAAGAAAUUGUAUUUGUUUAUAAUCGGUUUACAACUUUACCGAAAAAUUUAUUUAAAAAUAAUGCCCGGGUGAAAAAACUUAUUUUGCUUUCGAAUAAUAUCACUAAUUUGACUUGGGACGAAUUUGUAGGAUUAGACUCAGUGACGGAUCGUGCGAUUGGACGAAAUUCAAUCACACAUUUCGAUGCCACAAAAAUUGCGGAAAAUAUGCCACGUUUGGAAGAACUUAACGUAGAAUUAAACCCAAUCCCAUGCAAAAAAGUCGAACAAUUUGCGAAAGAAUUAAAAUUAAAAUUGAAUCACACUGUGAAAGUCACACACAGGGUUAAUCCCUUUUCUUAUGACUCGUGUAUUUAUCAAUAAAUUACUUCUCAAUU